AUGGCUCCAAAUGGUGAGACAGAACGUUAUAUUGAAACAUCAAUAAACCCAAAACUUUUAAGUGAUGAUCAAUUACAUUUAUUUAUUAAUGGCCAAUGGUAUGAUCUUACACAAUGGCAAAAUUUACAUCCAGGUGGUAAAGAAAUUCUUCAAAAUUUAAAUGGAAAAGAUGCAACAGAUGCAUUCUAUGCUAUUCAUAGUGAUGAUGCUAUUAAACGAUUAUCUCGUUUAAAACCAUGUUCAUCUCUUCAUAUUCAAACAAUGUUACCAUCCACUAUAGAACCAACAAAAUUAACACUUUCAUUUCGACAUUUACGAGAAAAUUUAAUUUCAAAUGGUUAUUUUAAUCGAUCAUUGUUUUGGGAAUUAUUUUAUCAUUUAUCAGUUUAUUUCUUAUGUUUACUUGGUACAUUCUGUCAUUUUUAUUGGAAUCAUACACUUCUACCUAUAUUAAUUAUUGGUUUUGGUAUGCAACAAGCUGGAUGGAUUGGACAUGAUUAUGCACAUGGAAGAGGCAACUGGAUGAGAUGGCUUUGUAAAUCAUUAACUGGUUUUGUUAAUGCUUUUAGUCCAACUUGGUGGUCACAUAAACAUAAUACACAUCAUGUUUAUACAAAUAAUAUUGGAAUUGAUACUGAUGUAUCUAAUGAUCCUGUAUUUCAUUUAUUUUUUCCAUCAAAAGAUAAAGAUGUUUGGUUUCGAUCCUAUCAACAUUGGUAUUAUAUUCCAGUUUAUUCAUUUUUAUAUAUAAGUUGGCGAUGGCAAUCACUUCAACAUGCAUAUAAUACAUCAAAAUAUUUUGAACUUAUGGUUAUGUUACCAAAUUAUAUUUGGCUUUAUAUGCUUGGUUGGCAAGUUGCUCUUGGUUCAAUACUUUUUGGUGGUUUACUUGUUGCUGGAAUUGUUACAGCGACACAUCAAAGUGAAGAAAUGUUAUAUGAUUCAAAUCAUUCAUUUGUUGAAACACAAUUUUUAACAACAUGUGAUGCUCGUUGUGAUAAUUUUUUUAUGGAAUGGUUAUGGGGUGGUAUGCAAUACCAACUUGAACAUCAUUUAUUUCCAACAAUGCCAAAAUAUAAUUAUGCACGUGUUAGACCUAUUCUUAAACAAUGGGCUCAACAAAAUAAUAUUGAAUAUCGAAUAGAAAGUGUUUGGUCAAUUUGGCAUCGAAAUUAUCUUACACUGAAAUAUUAUGCAAAUCAAGCAAUUAACACUCAAGAUGCAGCAUAG